AUGACUAACACAACAAAGAAAAACCGACUGAAGAACAUACACUGUUCCGUUAGGUUUGCAAUGCCCCGGCUGCGAGUGUGUGUUAUCGGAGCCGGAGCUGCUGGACUCGCGGCCGCUAGACAUCUCACAAGUGAACUGGACGCGUUUGAUUUGCGUGUGUUUGAACAAGCCUCUCGUGUUGGAGGAACAUGGGUCUACACUGAAAACACAGGGAUCGACGAACGCGGGAUUCCAGUUCACUCCAGCAUGUACAGAAACCUCAGGUAAUUAAAGAAAAAAUAGAAAGAAGAAACUUGCGACAUUCAUAUUGAACUUAGCCCUCAAAAUUAAGCGUGUUUUUUACGUAAACACAGACGCUAGAAGUAUUGCCAAGGCAAAUAUAAACACAAGCGUAAAAUAUAAAUUGUUCACUGAGUUUUGAUUGCGUAACUUGGCUUGGCUACGCGAAGAAUCAAAUUCUGAGAAGAUUUUUGUUACUGUCAGAUUAAUUACAACGGCCUUCAGAAAAACCUGUGACUUCCAUUGAUAUAUACCAACCUGCUGUUUAUAAAACUUUAUUACUUUUCUCUUGAUGAAACUUUGGAGCAAAAAUUAUUAUCAAAGCUUAGUUAAUUACUCCAUUUUUGGUCUCCCGUCGCAGCCGCUCCCAGGCUAGAGUCACGCAAGCUCUCCGCUCCCACGCGGCGAAUCACGCUGCGCGGCGCGCUUGGGGGCGGGGAGCUUGCGUGACUCCGGCCGAGCGGAUUCACUGUGUGCCAUAAGGCAGGAACGCGUUCUUUUAAAAGAGAGAGAUUAGUUUCUUGGUCUUUUUUUCCGUGACCAGCUUAGAUAUGCUCUUAUGUCGCAUGACUCAAAUGGUAUUUACCGCACGAGCCAAGCGCGUGCGGUCCGAAUAAAGCAAUACAGCCAAAAAGAACGAUAUUUUCCAUUUUGUUGUGCUUCUGGUGCCUUCUUUCCAUUCAUCGUAUUUCUUUUAGGGAGCCUAAAAAUAUAAUCCCUGCAGAAAAUAAUAAUACUUUGAACUUAGCCCCGCUUGAAGCAGAGAUUUUGGGCAAUUUGGAAAUGGAGUAUGGCGCUCGUUGGAAACACUUGAACUAAAAGAAUAUAUAUUUUAUAUCUCUUUUCAGAACCAAUCUGCCCAAAGAGGUGAUGGCUUUUCCUGAUUUUCCAUUUCCUUCAGAGUGGAGCUCAUUCUUAAGUCACCAACAAGUUCUGAAAUACUUAGAAGAUUAUGCCAGUCAUUUUUACUUGUACAAGUACAUUCAGUUCAACUCCAUUAUCAGCAGUGUCCGUCCUCUGAUGGGAAAAGACAGUCAAAAGCCACUGUGGGAAGUUGCUGUUACAGAUGCUGAUACUAAGGAAUCUCAAGUUCUCCUGUUUAAUGCUGUUAUUGUUUGCAGUGGGUAAGUCGAUUUCUGUCUUUCGCGGUUGUUGCUAUAAAAUCGAAAACCUCUACAACAUUAUGACUUUGACAGAGUCGGAGCUGGAGUAGCGGAAUCGGAAGAAAAUGGAAACGUUCUGAUUCUUCUGACUCCGAUUCCGUCGCGCUGAUGACUCCGCUUACGACUCCGACUCCGUCGCUAGUGAAAACCAGCCUUUAGCAAUCGUUGAAAUGUCGCUUUUAUCUGGAGUAAAAAUUGCUGUGCGAAAAGACUUGUCUGACUUUAAGAGCAAAGCUUAGCACAGUGGGCUAGUGGGCGCGGCCUUCCAGUGUGCGGGAGGAGUUACGAGUUCUAUUCCAAGGCUAGGUGUGAGGUCAAUGACUUGUUUCCUUUCCGUGUAACUUUGUACUUUAAAUACCCGUAAUAUGGUGACCCGUACGGGAGAGCGGGAGAUCGGGAGAUCGGGAGAUCGGGAGAUCGGUGCCGUAUGCGGGAGACUCCCGGAUAAUCCGGGAGAGUUGGCAUGUAUGCGCAUGGAGAGAGGGGUUUAAAAUGAACGCACCUUCGAUCGGCCUUAUAGGUACAUUAAAAAUUUGUGGGACACAAUACUGAUCUUAGUCUUCGUUAACUAUAUUAUUAGAUAUAAAUGUGUGAAAGAAUGAAAGAUGAUGAAUUUUAAGCUCGGUGAACAAUUGUGAAGAUGAAAUAAUGAGCAUAUCACGAGGGUGGUUCGAAUCCUGUCGGGGACUCAAAUUUUUUUCUUUGUCCCACGCUCGUGACAUGCUGAUUAUUUCAUCUUCACAUCAGAUAUAAAUAUUUUUAGAAAUUGAAAAAGUUGGAAGCAUCAUCAACAAAAUCGAUUCGGUUUUGGUGCGUGCCUAAUUUUCUUUCCCGCUUCGUAAUUCCAAGUGUUUCUUGCUACAUCAGACUGUGUUGUCUAUCUAUUUCGGGCGCACCCGCACCGAUUUGAUUAGUCUGUCCCAUCGCCGUCUGUUGGCUGCGACAGAUGGAAGUUUCUGUCUCUUAAAGCUGAUGUUACACGGAACGAUUCGCAGCGACGAUUUUUAGGGCAACACAGCGUUGCAAUGUUGGAACAAUGUAGUAACUAUUCAAAACAAUUUCGCAACAAUGUUGCAACGCUGUGUUGCGCUAAAAAUCGUCGUGAUCGUUGCGAAUUGCCUCGUGUAACAUCACCUUACGACCGGUAUCAGUCUCUAGAUGGUUAAUGAAUGUUGUUUCGGGAAUCCAAGACAGUGUUGGAUUCUGGAUUCACACCGUGGAUCCCGGAUUACAGGUACUGGAUUCCGGAUUUCAUUCGUUUGUCGGAUCCCGGAUUCCUUGAUCUGUAUUCCCGAUUCCAAAGGCCAGGAUUCCAUAUUUCACAGCAAAAAUUUGCUGGAUUCCGUAUUCUUUUUCAGUGGAACUUGGAUUCCGGAUUUCCUUCGUUUGGGGCUCCCGGAUUUCUUGAUCUUUAUUCCCGGUUCCAAAGGCCAGGACUUCAUAUUCGUAGCAAAAAUUUGCUGGAUUCCGGAUUCCACGGGGAAAAAUUUCCCGGAUUCGGGAAUCCGGAUUCCCUUAUAUGGGUCAGGUGUUACUGGUCGCCCCCUUGCGCGUCUGCCGUGUUUUGGUUCCCAAAGAAGCUACAAGGAGAGAUAUUAUAGUUAUUCAUUUGAUUACAUGUUUAAUCUUUCCGCUCUAACUAAACUAUCUGCAGGCAUUACUCUGUUCCGUAUGUGCCCAUAAUUCCUGGUCUGGAGUCUUUCCCUGGACUUGUUAUGCACAGUCAUGAUUAUCGCCAUCCUGAAAUCUUUCAAGGAAAACGCGUGGUAAUUCUUGGAGCUGGACUAUCUGGACAAGACCUUUGUCUUCACGUCGCAAAAUGUGCAGAUAAAGUUUACCUCAGCCAUAAACGAGCUGUUCUCCGCUGCAUACUUCCAGACAACUUGGAACAACACAGGCCGAUAGCCUGUGUAUCUGUAGAUGGAACCGUUCAGUUUGAUGACGGACAAGAGAGGAGAGUUGAUGCCAUCUUACUUUGCACUGGUUACAAAACUUCUUUUCCAUUCCUACAUGAUGACUGUAAUAUUCAGGUCAGGAACAAUAGAGUAACUCAUUUGUACAAACACAUUUUUAACACAAAGUUCCCAACGUUGUCAUUCAUAGGAUUAUGCUACCGGUUUUGUAUCUUUCCACGUUUCCACCUCCAAGCCCAGUACAUUGCAGCCAUUUUUAGCGGACGUAAAAUAUUACCACCCGAAGAUAUGAUGAACGCCGAGGAAGAAAAAGAUUUUCGGGAGAUACUUUCCGCUGGUUUGCGUGAAAAGUAUGCGCACUUUACUUUGGAUGACAAGUGGGAUUAUGAUAACGCCAUUGCACUGUUAGCGGGCGCGGACAUGUUGAGCCCACAUUACAAGGAUCUGCAUAAACAUACUUUUCACAGGCGGGAACAUUUUCUAAUGGAUUAUAAGAAUGAUGAGUUUAUAUUAACUCCUGAUGGCAUGUGGAAAACUGUAUAA